AGUUAUUGAAAUGAUCGGUAUCUAGUCAAAAUCUUAAGUGAUGGUAUCGUUCUUUUGCUGUUAGUAUGACUUAUCCUAGGCUCAACUGUGCAUCAUUUUUCAUUUCUAGUGACGGUGAAAGACGAAUUUAACUAUUUGUUAAAGUAUUCAUUUCAAUGCUCUUGUAGAUAAGACACGGUGAAAUAUAACUUGAACGAUGAUAAAUCCAUAAUUAAUUAAAACAUGUGCGAUAUAUAUUUUAAUAUUUAAACGUUAAUUUAUCGUAAGUUUCACGUGUUUACAAACCUUUGAAAUCAAACCGAAAAAAGAGAUCGAAAAUAAAUAAGGACGAUACUGUUUAUGUCGUGCCGAUAAGACAACGAACGCAAAUCAGAUGUUUAUAUUUGUGCUUCUUCAAAAGAUGUGGAUAGAGAUCAGAUUAAUUUAUUGGAUGACAUUAAUCCUUUUUGAUAAAAAAAAAAUAAUAAUAAUAAAAAGGAAAAAAAAAUGAUGAAAAUAUAAUAUGUUAAAAAGAAACUAUCCGUUCGUUGUUACAGAAUUAUGGUUUUGUCGAAUACAAUGGAUAACACGGAAGAAUCGUUUAUGCGCCGUUUUAUAUGUCGUGCUAGUGUAAAAAAACAGGAAUCCUUCGAAUUGCCAGCGAUACAACCAAGACGGAAAAUGAACAUUUUAUACGCAAUAAGUAUCUACCGAUUUAAAGGUUUCAGACAUAAAUGUACCAGACUGUCUACUACUGCUUUGGACUGUUUAAAUAAGGAAAUUCUGAUAAAAUCUGAAAAUUGUGCGAAAGAUAUGCCGAUUCCAAGUAAAUUUCUUGAAAACGAAAUUUUCCUAGAUGAAUGUAAGAGAGACAUAAUAACAAAAAAAUGUCAAAAUUGGGACAUCAAAAUAGAGACGACAUUAUACGACGAUGAUUUACCAUUGUAUGACAUCUUCAUUCCGCGAUUAACGGGAAUAAAAAAGGAAGCUUUACCGAGCGAUCUUGUCAAAGAGAAAUCGGAAAUUACAUGUAAAGAUAAUAAAAAGGAUAAGAGAUGUUUGAAAACCGAAAAAAAUUUAAACGAGCCGAGUGAAAUAGAUGAAACGAGCAAAAAAAAGGAAACGCCCUAUGCUCGUCUGAAUGAGGCAAUAAAGGAUCUCAAGGAACAUAUGGAAUUGUCAGAAUGUAAAAUGAAUCUAAUGAACUCGUCGAAAGUACCUCUUGAUCUUCGGAUCAAUUCCAACGUUCAAAAGGAAGGACCGACGGAUUACGUGCCUGGUAAAUACAAAGCCUUUGAAGAUACUUUGAAGAAAACAGUAUCAAAGAAUAGCGAAAGUAUUGAAGAAAAAUUUGACGGAGAUUACCCGAUAGAUUUGCCACAAUGUCAAUAUGUCACUCCCGUUUCUAGAAAUAAUGAACUUAACAAAAAUAAAAAGAAAAUAGAGAAACCCAAGCGAAUGAGGCCGAACUUGGAAUCUACCAGAAAAUCCUCUCCUAUAGAUCUUACGAAAAAAAAUGUAUCUCCGUCUUCGGUACAGAGCACGAUUUCAACGAUAACGCCUAUCGUCUCGUCAAAAUUUGAGACGGAGGAGAAGAACAAUGAUAAAUAUUCUUAUGAAAGUUUAGAAUUAACGGAAAAUAUUGUUCCGUCGGUGCAGAAAUUUUUAAACAAUGCGCUUGGCAAUGAACGCUCUAGCACUUCUUAUAUUCCUAAUACCACGACGAAUUCAUACGAAGGAAAUCUAUGUGAAAAUAGAAUUGAGGAACCUGUAACACCUCCUACGGGACAAAUUCAUAAUCCUAGACUAUUGGCAAGCGAACCACUUCCGCAAGGCAAUAUAAAUAGGAAAUCAAAAUUGUUCAGAUCUUUUUCGCAAAGAAUCAAAAGGAUAUCCCGAACAUUUGUCAAUACCGAGGAAAAGGGAUCCGACGAAUUCACAAUAACUUUAAACCAAAAUGACAAAAUACAAGAGCUCUUACAGAAACUCGAGAUACAACAAACGUUGAUACACCAAGCGAGCAAGGCGUUGAACUUAUGUAACGUUAUGAAAACGUUUCAACAUAGUACUCAACACGUCGAGUCCGAACGAUUAUUGCUUCUAUCGACUCUUAAGAAACAGGCUGUAUUGAGUGAAAUUAAACGGAUUAAUGGGCCAAUGAACGAUAACGUCGUUAAGAUAUACGAACAAGGCGAAGUUAAUAUCUCAAGCAUCGGUUUGCAUCUUAAAGAAGACGCUUUAAUCUUGAUAAGUCAAACUCCAGACAUGUCCGAAUGGUUUAUCGUAACUGUGACACACGAAUCGAUGGUCUGGGCAACGAUCGCUAUGAAUUAUUCCAUCGACAGCCCAACGAAAAUUUCUUUUCCCGACACGAUAACCAUACCAAAUCUUGGUCCAAAUUUUAAAAUCUUAAUCACCAUCUAUAGCUUGCAAUUGAGAAAUACUUGUUACAAUAAAAAGGAGGGACAUUCUUGUAAUAAUAAUAUAUCCUGUCCUUCGCCUACUAACUUAUGGAGGAGAACUGAGAGAUCACGAGUGAAGCAAAAUGAAAUACAAUGUUCCAGCAUCAGAGAUACGUCCUUUGAACCCUCGGGAUAUGCCGAGUUGACGCUUCAGGAUAUACACAAAGUUUCUCCUUGGUCCCUAUUAUCGGUACCUUCGAAUUCGAUCUUGCAAGGUUUAAUAGAUCUCGAGUUUUCUUGUAAGAUUCGGAUAUCGGUCGUUCACGCAGGCUUCUUGACACAUGGCAACGAAGCUGGAGGAUUUGCCGCAUGGAAUCGACGUUGGUGCGUUCUCGAUGGUAGCCUCUUAAAAUUCUGGAACUAUCCGCAAGAACACGAUUUGAGGCCUCCAUUAUUGAUCAUCGACUUGACUCAUUGCACCUCGAAUGAGGUACAGGUCGUUGAUAGGUCGCUUUGUGCCAAACCUCGAACGCUUAUGUUUAAAACUAUCAGAGAAAGAAUACCCCAUGAUAAAAGCAGUAUGUUCCUAGAGUGUAAUACUUCUUAUACUAUCAUAAAAAACUUGCUAUCGUGCGAUACGAUAACCGAUCUUAUGGAAUGGAGGUCAAAAUUAAAUUACGUGUUAUCCUUAUUACGCAACUGGAACUCAAGAAGAAACGAUUUAAUUCCUACCACUGAAUUGUAAUAAUCUACCCGUAUGAUUCAAAUUAACGCGUCUUUCCUGGCUAUUAAACCUCGAUUAAUAAGAUUAAA